AACCGUAUAUGGUGACAACGCUUCGUCAAUACUCAGCUCUUUGCUGUUUAAAGGCUCAGCACUGAACCUCCUCGAUGUCGAAGCACAAACUCUUUCUUCUGCGUCAUGGUGAGGGAGCGUGGAACAAAGAGAACCGUUUUUGCAGCUGGGUAGACCAGAAGCUGAGCGAGAACGGGGUUUUGGAGGCUCAGGAGUGUGGGAGGUUGCUGAAGCAGCAUGGCUACCAGUUUGACCAUGUUUUUACCUCCAUCCUCAGCCGCUCCAUUCAGACAGCUUGGCUUGUGUUGGAGGCCAUGGCCCAAGAGUGGGUGCCCGUCACCAAGUCCUGGAGGCUAAACGAACGCCACUAUGGAGCGCUGAUUGGCUUGAACCGGGCUGAGAUGGCACUAAACCACGGUGAAGAGCAGGUUAAGCUAUGGAGGAGAAGUUAUGACAUCACGCCACCCCCCAUUGAUGAAUCCCAUCCCUAUUUUGCAGAGAUCUAUAAUGAUCGUAGGUACAGCACAUGUGAUGUGCCAAAAGAUCAGCUGCCCAAAACGGAGAGCCUAAAGGAAGUGCUGGACAGGCUCUUACCCUACUGGAAUGAGGUUAUUGUUCCUGAAAUAAAGAGUGGCAAAACGAUUCUUAUUUCAGCUCAUGGAAACAGCUGCAGAGCCUUGCUUAAACAUCUAGAAGGUAUAUCAGAAACCGACAUUGUUAAUGUUACUCUACCCACUGGCAUACCAGUUCUGCUGGAGUUGGAUGAAAAUCUUCAAACAGUAAAGCCCAGAGAGCUGCUGGGUGAUGCGGCCAAAAUUGAGGCAGCCAUCAAAAAGGUUGAGAAUCAGGGGAAAAUCAGACAGUAAAGCCUCUGGAGCUGAUGUGCGAUCUGGCCAAAACUGAGGCAGCCAUCAGAAAGGUUGAGGAUCAGGGGAAAAUUGUCGGCGAAAACAAAUGAAAAUUUUACUUUUUGGUUUGUAAGAUUGGUGGAGAUGUGUCUAUGAUCCACUGCUAAACAUUUUAUCUGCAGUGAACAAUUGCUUACUUUAGUUUCUUGAUGUUGGUGUUGGUUUGAGAAGUAUCGCAUGUUGUAGACCGAUGUAGUACAUAUAGGUACACAUACAGUGGGGUCAAAAAGUAUUUAGUUAGC